AUGAGGAGGAACCCAGAGAGAGCCUCUCGUCCCCACACCCGAUCUCGAUCUCAGAUUGAUGGCCCGCCUAGCCCUGGUCUUGACGAGGAGGAGGAUGACCGCUACUACUUGAUUAGGAAAAGAAAGAUGGAAGAAGAUGAGGAUGAGUUUUUUAUUGACUUUCAGGAUGAGAGUUAUGUACCACGGGCCCGUCGGCAAAGUUCCUUGACUCUGCCACACAUUGUAAGACCAGUGGAUGACAUCACAGAGGAGGAGCUGGAUGCAAUAUGUUUCAAUGUACGAGAGAAGGUCUACAAUAGAGUGACUGGUUCAACUUGCCAUCAGUGCCGUCAAAAGACCAUUGACACCAAAACCAGCUGCCGGAAUCCUGAGUGCACAGGAGUGAGGGGCCAGUUCUGUGGGCCCUGCCUAAAGAACCGUUAUGGAGAGGAUGUGAGGACUGCAUUGCUGGAUCCAGAGUGGAACUGCCCACCAUGCAGAGGGAUCUGUAACUGCAGUUUCUGUAGACAGCGUAAUGGCCGUUGUGCCACUGGUGUGCUUGUUUACCUAGCGAAGUACCAUGGUUAUGACAACGUACAUGCAUAUCUGAACAGGUAUGGUAUUUGUCAAGCUUGUAGAUGCUCAAAAAAUUCAUACAUUUGCCUGAGGUCAUACUGA